UCAAUGCAAAGUCUGAGCAAGAAAAUAACAUAUACAAACCAUGGCUCACCUCUCUAUCUUCCUCUCCUCUCUUCUAGUCCUAGCAGUCCUCCAUGGUGCCCAUGCAGUUGAAUACACUGUCAUAAACCGAGCACAAACAACCCCAGGUGGUGCACGCUUCAGAAACCAGUUGGGUGCCGAGUACACUAGGCAGACAAUGGAAUCUGCUACCAACUUCAUCUGGAACAUCUUUCAGCAAACCACAGAGUCAGACAGAAAGAACUAUCAAAACGUGAACUUAUUUGUUGAGGAGAAAUUAUCUAUAGAAAACGCACUAGCCGUAACUUCAGGGAACGAAAUUAAAGUUGGUGCAAGCUACAUCGAAGGCAUAAAGGGAGAUAUCAAGUGGGACUUUAAUGGUGUACUUUACCAUGAAAUGGUACACGUGUGGCAGUGGAAUGGUCAAAGUUUGGCUCCAGUAGGAUUGACUGAAGGAAUUGCCGAUUAUGUGAGGCUAAAGGCAAACUAUGCGCCUAGCCACUGGGUCAAGCCUGGGGAAGGAAAAACAUGGGAUCAAGGCUAUGAUGUUACAAAAAAGUUUCUAGAUUACUGCAAUGGUCUUAGAGAUGGGUUUGUGGCUGAACUCAACAAAAAGAUGAAAGAUGGUUAUAAUGACAGCUUCUUUGUGGACCUGUUAGGGAAGCCAGUUGAUCAGCUUUGGAGCGACUAUAAGGCCAAGUAUGGAAUGGGAAAUUAGGGUCUUAGAUUCUUAGCUAGCUGUUGCUAAUUCUUGUGUAUCAAUUAAUGUGAUAUAAUAUUAUAUCUUAGAAUAAGUGAGAGUUGGGGUUGGAACCCAAAUUCUCUUUAUGUAGAAAAUUAGAAAAUAUUAUUUAGUUAUGAGUCUUUGCAUGUAUCAGUAUGAUUUAGUUCCAUUAUGCAUCGUAGCUGUAUAAAUUCUCGUGUAUUACUGUGAUUUAGAUGCAAUGUAUUCAUUGUCAUCAUAAAAUAAAUAGCCUUCAAAAAUAAAUUUAGAGC